UUCUAAUAAAGAAAAUGAAACAAGUGAAAACAAGGAAUCUGAAAACAAAGAAUCCGAAAAAGAACACAAUGUGGCCAACUGCAAAGCUGAAAUAAAAGCUUUAAAAGAAAUGAUAGAAUCCUUAAAAAAGAUAAUUCAACUAAAGGAUCAAAGGAUCCGAAAAUUAGAUGAAAUUAUCUCUCAAGGAACGACAAUUGUUGAAAAAGUCAUAAUAAAAAAGAAAAUCUACCCAAUAACAAAGAACUUGUGA